GUUUACUUCCUGGUCGGAUUCAUAACAUAGGCGAAACGCAGAAGCUAACUAACUGUGGCAGCCUUUAGUCAGUAAAUGUUAAUGUAGCAUCAAUACAAACUAAGAACAAUGAUUCCGUACACUGUCAACAUCAAACUUGCGGCUCGGACGUUAACUGGCACUAUCAAUUUACAGAAUAAAACCGCUGUUGAUUGGGGAUGGCAAGGUCUAAUAGCUCAAGGAUGUCACUCCAGCAUUCUCAUAAUCGAUCCAAAAACAGCUCAGACCAUCCAGGUGCUGGAAAGGCACAAAGCAAACGUGGUCAAGGUGAAAUGGUCCAGGGAGAACUACUACCACAACCUGAGCUCGCCCUACUGUCUGCGGCUGGCCUCCGGAGAUGCAUCAGGGAAGAUCAUAGUGUGGGAUGUCGUCAGCGGCACUGCCCACUGCGAGAUCCAGGAGCACUCCAAACCUAUCCAGGAUUUGGAGUGGGUGUGGAAUCAGGAUGCAUCUCGUGACCUCUUGUUAGCCAUCCACCCUCCCAACUACAUCGUUCUGUGGAACGGGGACACGGGCACCAAGCUUUGGAAGAAGAGCUACGCAGAAAACAUCCUCUCCUUUUCCUUUGACCCCUUUGAUUCCUCUAACAUGGCAUUGCUGACCAGUGAAGGAAUAGUCUUCAUCACAGACUUCACCCACUCUAAACCACCAAGCAGCGCUGGCAAGAAGGUGUACAUUGCCAGCCCUCACGCGAGCCCGGCUCACACCAAACCUCCUCCUGCCGCUGCUCCAGCUCCUACCGGUGCCAAAAAAGCCCUUAAUAAAGUCAAAGUGCUCAUCACCAAUGAAAAGCCAACUGCAGAGGCGGUGACAUUGAACGACUGUCUGCAGUUGUCCUAUCUGCCAUCCAAAAGGAACCAUAUGCUGCUGCUUUAUCCCAGAGAGAUUUUAAUCCUGGACCUGGAGCUGAGCCAGACAGUGGGUGUGGUGGCUAUCGAGCGCUCUGGUGUGCCCUUCAUUCAGGUGAUUCCAUGCGCUCAGCGGGACGCCCUGUACUGCCUUCAUGAGAACGGUUGUAUCACGCUCCGAGUGUGUCGCUCCACAGUUGUUCCAGAAGAAACAGCAGAUCCUGAACAAAGUGUCCAAGAGCUUGUCUAUGACCUGCGCUCUCAAUGUGACGCCAUACGAGUCACAAAGACGGUCCGACCGUAUCGCAUGGUCGUCUGCCCUAUAAAUGAAAACAAGGCUGCCCUGAUCGUCAGCGACGGAAGAGUGAUGCUCUGGGAACUCAAGGCUCACACCGGCAGGGCUGCUGCCAAUCUAAGCUCGGGUCUGUCGCCGCUCUACUCUCCUGUGUCGUUCUGUGGGGCCCCGCUGGGUCCAAACCAGAAAAGGGUUCAGGACCUCUCUCUCAACACCAUGAUUGGUCAAACCUUGAUAGCUGGUGAGGCUCCUCCUCCAUCAACUCACCAACCAGAGGUCCAGUUGAAGUUCCUUCUUACUGGCCUGCUGUCUGGUCUGCCACUGCCACCGUUUGCCAUCCGCAUGUGUCCACCUCUGACCACUAAAAACAUCACCCACUACCAACCCCUGCUGGCUGUCGGCACCAGCAAUGGGUCUGUACUUGUCUUCAACCUGACCAGUGGUCUUCUGCACAAGGAACUUAGUGUUCACUCUUGUGAAGUCAGGGGGAUUGAAUGGGUGAGUCUCACGAGUUUCCUGUCUUUUGCCACUUCUGCUCCCAACAACAUGGGCCUGGUACGCAAUGAACUGCAGCAUAUUGAUCUGCCUACUGGCAGAUGCUUUGCAUUCAGAGGCGACCGGGGAAAUGACGAGCCACCCAUUGAGAUGAUUAAAGUGUCUCAUCUCAAACAGUACCUGGUGGUGGUGUUCAGAGACAAACCGCUGGAGCUGUGGGAUGUCAGGACAGGAACCCUUCUCCGAGAGAUGGCCAAGAACUUUCCCACCGUUACUGCACUGGAAUGGUCCCCAUCACACAAUCUGAAGAGCCUAAAGAAAAAGCAGAUGGCAGCGAGGGAGGCCAUAGCUCGCCAGACCGUGUCAGAUGCUGAGCAGAGUAACAUCGAGUCCUCGGUCAUCAGUCUUCUGCAAGAUGCUGAAAGCAAAUCGGAGACCAGCCAGGCCUUCUCAGCCAGAGAGCACUUUGUAUUCACUGACACAGACGGGCAGGUCUACCACAUCACAGUGGAGGGCAACGCCGUGAAAGAUGGUGCACGAAUCCCCCCUGAUGGCAGCAUGGGUAGUAUCGCCUGCAUUGCCUGGAAAGGUGACACCCUGGUACUUGGAGAUGUGGAUGGCAAUCUCAACUUCUGGGACCUCAAAGCUCGUUUGUCGAGGGGAAUACCAACGCACCGUGGCUGGGUGAAGAAGAUCCGCUUCGCUCCUGGCAAGGGCAACCAAAAGCUGCUGGUCAUGUACACGGAUGGAGCAGAAGUCUGGGAUACCAAAGAGGUCCAGAUGGUCAGCAGCAUGCGCAUCGGUCGCAACGUGAACUACCGCAUCUUAGACAUCGACUGGUGCACGUCAGACAAGGUGGUACUGGCGUCAGACGACGGCUGCAUCCGAGUGCUGGAGAUGGCAAUGAAGUCUGCCAGCUACCGUAUGGAUGAACAGGACCUGACCGAUCCGGUGUGGUGCCCUUACCUGCUGGUUCCCCGAGCUGCUCUCACUCUCAAGGCUUUCCUUCUGCUGCAGCCCUGGUCAGGAACCUUCACCAUGGACAUCACCCAGGUAGAUUACAAUGAAAAAGUUGAGAUAAAAGGUCUGAUUCAGGAGCAGCUCAACUCGUUGUCCAACGAUAUGAAGAGCGUGCUGCAGGACCCAGAACUCACUCUUCUGCAGCGCUGCCUCCUGGUCUCACGGCUGUUCGGAGAUGAGUCUGACCUUCACUUCUGGGCAGUGGCGUCCCACUACCUCCAGUCGUUUGCACAGGCUCGUCAGAUAAGCGAAGGAAGUGAAGGAGCUCAGCCCUCGCCGCUGCACCAUCUGGACAUCUGCUACGACGUCCUGUGUGAGAGUUCCUACUUCCAGAAGUUCCAGUUGGAUCGGGUUCACUUGCAGGAGGUGAAGCGAUCCAGUUAUGAACACACCAAGAAGUGUGCAGACCAGCUCCUCCUGCUGGGCCAGACGGACAGGGCAGUGCAAUUACUGCUGGAGACGAGCGCAGACAACUCCAGCUACUACUGUGAUUCACUCAAGGCUUGCCUCGUGACCACCAUCACCUCCUCGGGCCCCUCGCAGUCUACAAUCAAGCUGGUGGCCACCAACAUGAUUGCUAAUGGAAAGCUUGCAGAGGGAGUUCAGUUGCUGUGUUUGAUUGACAAGGCAGCGGAUGCCUGCCGCUACCUGCAGACGUACGGGGAGUGGAACCGAGCCGCAUGGCUUGCAAAGGUGCGCCUGAACCCGGCAGAAGGCUCCGACGUGCUGAAGCGCUGGGCAGAACAGCUGUGCUCCCCGCAGGUCAACCAGAAGUCCAAAGCCAUCCUGGUGCUGCUGUCCCUGGGCUGCUUCUACAAAGUAGGGGAGAUGCUCCACAGUAUGAGGCACUUUGAUCGCGCCGCCCUCUUUAUCGAGGCCUGUUUGAAGUACGGAGUUAUGGAGGCCAACGACUCUUCCAAUAAACUCAUCGAGGCUGCAUUUCUGGACUACGCUCGGCUGCUGCGCUCGCUGGGUUUGAGGGAGGGCGCCGCUCUGUGGGCGUCGCGGGCUGGCAGCGCCGGCGAGCAGCUGAUGGAGGAGCUGUUUCGAGGAGAGGGAAGUGCGCCAGAGGCCAUUCUGGACGAAAAGGAAGUAGAGCUCGGAGAGGAGAGUGCAGAGUGAUGAAAGGAUGAAAGGAAAGGAGGAGCUGCUCCUCUCUGAGUGUCGGGGGUCAGUGAUGUCAGGGAUGUCAGGGAUGCAGCAGUCAACCAUCAGAACUGAACUCUGUCGGCAUCCAGGAGAAUUAUGGUCAUCGUCUCCACAUCAAGAGAAGAGAGUUAGAGGGGUUAACUUUCUGUGAUGUUGUCGUUGGAGACCCGUGUCUGUGGCUGUAAUGACGUUGAUGUGUUGUAAUCAGUGCGUGUUCGUGAUUACGUGGUCGUGCAUGAAACAACCCCAACACAAACACUUGAUCUUUCUAUUUCCACCCAAAACGUUAGCAGUUAUCAGUUUGUGUUGCCUUGUGAAUUCCAACACUUAGCAUUUUCAGUUUUACUUGUUAAGCACGAUUUUGUCAGUAGGAAAUGUGGCUCUAAGAAUUUACGCCCCCAAAAUAAUCUCCCUUGUUCAUUUAAAAAAGUCAUUAUGAAAGGGCAGCGAUGGCGAGCGCACGCUUGAAUCUCAAGAUCUGACCUUUUGCACCGAGAAGACUACAGCUCGAGUAAAACGUACUCAAGUACCCAUCUCACAGAGACAUACCAAUCUGCACAGACGCAUCAGUAUCUGUCCCAGACAUGAAAUCCUCCGCGGGAAGCCCAUCUAGUGACGGACGGGCUUCUCCACCUGUAAUCCCUGAACAGCAGUUAAAUCAUAAACUCUAUUAUCUCUCCUCUAACUGGAGACAGAAGGAUCUGAGCGCUGCCGCGUUAUAAGUAAUGACAUUUAAUCAUCCCAGAGAGUUGAACUGAUACUAUCUUCGUCCAUCCAUUCCAGUUAUCAAGAAGUGAUUUUUAAUUUGUUACUUUCAUGAAUAUUUACUUGACUCUGUACUUUGCCGUUUACCUAAAGAAGUUGUGUGUCUAGUGCUCGUGGCAAUCACCAAACCUGGCCCUCUGAACCUGCCUGACACCUGUCCUUUCCUCUUCCCCUCAGUUUUAUAUCAUAAACAUGUCCUGCUCAUCUAAAUCCCCUGUGACUUUGGUGAGUGUGUGUUUAGCUGCUUUGUGAUGUGUCAGGCCGUCCUGAAACGGGAGAGUGAGUCCAUCAACGGAGACCCAAGUUCAGCGCCGUUUCCAGCCUCUGUUAUGGUUAACAACCCCCGAUACUGUCGCUAUGGCAACCCAGGCCUAUUUUAAGGGGCUUCAUGUUGUUCCUAUACGUACCCUUUUGCACGUUACCCUGGUAAAAGAGACGGCGAGGAGUCGCACAACCCAGCAGAUGAUUAGCCGUAGUCAGGUUGAUGCUGCGCGUCCUCCUUCGGUCAUGUCAGUGUUGUGUACGGCCGUGCCUCCUAAUGAUUACGCUCUACUUUAAUUAACGCACAAUGCUGAAAGUCCAGUUAUGCAGACAUGCCUUUAACUGUUUUCAAAGAAGGCAAAUCUUUAUUUUUCUCUUCCAUCAUUCUUUGUUUACACUGUGAUCUUAGAUCUUAAAGCUUCAAGCUGUGUUUAAAACAGAAAGAAGAUAUCUGUAUAUAUGGCUGGCAAUAAAUUCCAAUCGUGUGUGUGUAUGUUUUGAGUGUGUUAUUUCCAGAGGUGUCAAAAGUAUUCACAUUCAUUACUCAGGUAGAAGUAUAGAUACUAGAGUUUAAAAAUACUCCUGUAGAAGUUGAAGUAUCAACUCAAGUUUUUUACUCAAGUAAAAGUAUAAAAGUACUGGUUUCAAAACUACUUAAAGUGUAAAAGUAAAAGUAAUGUAAGGGGGGA